AAGCCUCUCCCCAGUUGUGCUUGAGUAACACCCUCAGUCCACAGCUGUCUCCCCAGCUGCUUCCAGUGAACACCCCGGCAGUCUAGGCUCCCACAGCAAUGAGUUGGUGGAGGGACAACUUCUGGAUCAUCUUAGCUAUGUCCAUCAUCUUCAUCUCCCUGGUCCUGGGUCUCAUCCUGUACUGUGUCUGCAGGUGGCAGCUUAGACAAGGCAGGAACUGGGAAAUUGCUAAGCCCUCAAAACAGGAUGGAAGAGAUGAAGAAAAGAUGUAUGAGAAUGUUCUUAAUUCUUCACCAGGCCAGUUACCUGCUCUGCCACCCAGGGGUUCACCUUUUCCAGGAGACCUAGCCCCACAGGAAGCUCCAAGACAACCCUCAGCUUGGUACUCAUCAGUGAAGAAAGUUAGGAACAAGAAGGUCUUUGCUAUCUCGGGCUCCACCGAGCCAGAAAAUGAUUAUGAUGAUGUUGAGAUUCCAGCAACCACCGAAACCCAGCACUCUAAAACCACACCUUUUUGGCAAGCUGAAGUGGGUUUACACAGCUCGUUUUAGAAUACUCUAGAAUAGCCGGAUUAUAACACAAGCACUUCCUAAUCCCCAGAGGAAGCCACCUCAGCCAUGUGAAAGCUACAGCAGAAGACAGGACAGCUUGAUGUUCCCGAGGCUCCAGAUGUUUCUGUUGCUCCAGAUGUUUCUGCUGCUCCAGAUGUUUCUGUUGCUCCAAAUAUUUCUGCUGCUCCAGAUGUUUCUGUUGCUCCAGAUGUUUCUGUUGCUCCAGAUGCUCCUGUUGCUCCAGAUGCUCCUGAUGUUUCUGACACUGCAGAAGCUCUACCCCAAGAUUCUGAGGAUGUGGCCUUGGCACCUUUGUGGAGGAAGUUUCCUUAGUGCAGACCACUGGGCCUGUGAGAACUGACUCAUUUCUCAACAUUUUCUUUCGUUCCCUGGGUGAAUGUAGCUGUAAGGCAGUGACUCUCAACCUUCCUAAUGCAGGGAUCCUUCAAUACAAUUCCUUAUUUGUGGUGAUCCUCAACCAUAAAAUUAUUUUGUUGCUACUUC